AUGGCCAGACUCACUGGCGAUGCCGACUACGAUGCCGGCGAAACGUCUGGGAAUGUACCACGUCCACGGUCCUUCUCUGGAACUAAUUAUGCAGACAAUGGACUCAGGACAAGGUGCGUUCCUCUAAGUCUUCCUACCAAUAUGACCAAGUUGCGACGUGGCGAUACUGGCGAUGCCGGCGAAACGUCUGGGAAUGUACCACGUCCACGGUCCUACUCUGGAAACGAUGCUGCAGACAAUGGACCCCGGACUAGGUGCGUUCCAAUAAGUCUUUCUACCAAUAUGACCAGUUUCGAAAACAGCAUACAAUGGACUCCGGACUAG